AAUUUAUUGACAGCUGACGCUGACAUUUCAACACGUGAAUAUUUUUGGAAAAUGUGGUUUUGCAGUAAAUUAAAAACACUGCUUAAAUAUGUAGUUUUCGAUAUGAUUAGUUUCACAAGAUAUUCUCAACAGGAAUAAAAUGGACAUUGAGGAAUUGGAUUCAGAGAAAUUAGCAGAAUUAGAAACUAUGCUAUAUUGCCAAGUGUUCCAUAGCAAAGAAACAGAAGACUGUAAGCCAACAAAUACUACUGCUAAUACCAUUCCAAUGGAAAAAAAUAUAAAUGAGAAACAUAAUGUUCCUAGUACCAAACCUAGGUACUUUGAAAAGCCAGCUAAGAGGGUGAUUUCAAGUGGGAACAGUGAUAAAUCAUGGCAUGCGGAGGGUGCAGAGAAGAAAAACCAGCAGCAGAACAAUCCUAUUGCCACAAGUCCAAUACAAAACAAUAUUACUAUCAAUCAUUACGUGUAUAAUGUUCCAGGCUGGGCAUAUGAUAGUGACAAAGAAGAUAAUUCAGAGGUAGUGAAUGAAUUAAAAAAGAAACUGAAAAGGAAACGUCCACCUAAAAAGGUGAGGGCUGAAAUUAAAAAGGAACUAGCAAAGAGAACGAGAGCAAAAAGUAAAAGGGAUAGAUCUCAUGUAAUAUUCAUAUCUGAUGAUGAAUCUAGUGAGAGCUGCCAAGUCAUAGCACAUGAUGGGGCUGAUGUUGAUCUAACCAAUAAGGGAAGUACUACGUCUGCACCAUCCUAUAAUGAUGAUGACGUUUUAUAUGUACCCACUGAAACAAGUCAAACUAUUAUAGACUUGGACUCUGAUGAUGAGUCUACAGAACAACAAGUAAAUGAGCAGGGUAUAGUCACUGAUGUGUACAACAACCGUGAAUAUAUUGAAUCUGGAGAUGAUACAGAUGCAAACAAUGCUCAAAAAGAAACUAAUAUUGAAAGGGCAAGCAACGAUAAUCCGAAGGUGAUAAAAAAUGUAAGAAGCAAUGAGAGUCACGAAUCUAACGAUUUCCUAGAUGCUGAUGUCGUCCAGGAUUCACAAGACUCAUUUGAUUUCCAGCUCCAUGGCUCGGAGUACAAUCAGUGUUCGGGUGGAAGCAAACGAAGAUCGUCUAGCGAACAGUUCGUGAAGCCUCCAGAUCCGCCCGGUGAUGCCCCAGCUACCGCAGAACACCACGAGACGGAGAGUGAAAGUACCAGCAGCACCACCACUGGUACCGACCGGAAUUGCAGCAACGAGUUCUCUCUCAAAAAUAUCGUCUUCCAGGAGGUGGACUUCCCUAAGGCGGAUAUAUUCGCCGAUAACGAUCUGCACAACUUUGAAAAGUUCAUCACGCCGCAACGAGGAAAUCAAGAAUCAAAUGAGCAGCAUUCUAAAGAAGCUCGUACACCGCGCACCAGUAAGACUAGAACACCUAAGACUGUCCAUACACCACAGCCGCGGACUGCUAGUGCGCGCAAGGAUCGUGCAAACGCUAAAUCACCGGCAAAUAGUAAAGUUCGAGCAGAACAAGAGAGGGAUCAGGAGGUUAAAGAAAAUAGCGAUGAUUCAGAGGAAAGUAGUUCAGAAAGUGAGUUUGAAAGCAGCGAAGGACAACGGCGCAGAUUACCAGAACUGAGCUUGAUGCUAGAACCAGAGGAAUCUGAGAGAGACGAGAACGAACAAGAGAAGGCUGAAACAAAUGUGGAGGAAGUUGGCGAUGACUCACAAGCUCCUACUGAGCCUGUCAGUAGUAAUGUUGACCCAGUAGCUGAAGAAACCCAAGAUAAUGAUGAAUCUUCAGCACAGACGACGGAAACCUCUGUGACGUCGAAACGUGGUAAUAAGAGCAAAAAAGCUAAAAAUAAGAAGUCUCGGAUGUCCGAACAACAACCAGUUACACAGAAGAAGACCCCUAAAAAACGGAAAAGGGGCAAGAAGAAAACGGCGGCACCCCCACAGCCUGAGGUACCAGCAGUAGUAGUUGAUUCGCCGAUCUCGGUGGACGUGCCUUCAUCGAACGAUGGUGAUGACAGUGACGACGAUGUCGAGUUGAUUGAGAAACCCGUGGAAGUGAUACCGCUUAUAGAUAGCGACGAAGAGGUUGAAGACAUACAGCUGAGUAUCAAGCAAGUUGAAGAUACCAAAAAGGACAACGCUGAUAUGCAAGUGAAUGCUGCUGAUGAGAUGGCUGAUAAAGCAACUGAAGAUGCUCCCGUUGAUUUGGAUGUAGUCUAUGCUAAUCUUACCAAUGAUCCUUCAAAAUGGCAAAUUAGCCGCAAAGACCACCCCACAUUGUUGGCCCUUGAGCAGCGACCGCGAUCGAAGGGUCCGCGAUGUAACAGGUGUCGUCGCUUUGGCCACAUGGCCUUGAAAUGCACUGAAAAACCGGAGCCGCCCAGGUGCUAUUUGUGUGGCGCUGGGGACCACACCGAGCCCAGGUGCCCCAAUAAAAUAUGCCUCAACUGUGGUAACAAGGGCGACUAUACAACGAACUAUUGUUACCGAUGCUUCAAAUAUCGCGACCUGCAGUGCAAUAUAUGUUCGCAACCAGGACACUUAGCUUCAGUCUGUCCUGAUUUGUGGCGAAGGUACCAUAUCACGACUGAGCCAGGACCUAUAAAAGUUACUGCGGGACCCCAGUUGAAGCCUCGAGAUCAGCAAUGGUGUUCUGGCUGCGCUGCGCAGGGACACUUAGAACACGAGUGCUAUUAUUAUGGAAGGCAAUAUCCACCAGCUUUGCCUUACAUCGUAAACUAUGACAAUGUCCUGGCCCCGGAUCAGGUGCAGAACGCUGCAUCAGCGCCGAGCACUCCCAAAGAUGUAACAAACCAUGAUGCGGAGAAUACUAUUACUGACACCCCAAACACUGCCAAAAAACGUACUCCCAGACAAAAAAGAUCCGACAGAUCUGAACAAAACGCUAAAAAUAGUGGCGAAGAUACUCGCGCAGCUCAAAGGCGAUCUAAGGGUAUAGAUGCACCACGAAACGUUCGCACAACGACUACACCACAGAACGCAUUUAGGAAUGAAAAUACGUCGAUGAUCCCCACGGACCGUAUGCACGACUUUGGCGAACCUCCUCGCAUUCCGCCAGAAGAUCGACUGUUUACAUUGGCGGGCUACCGGAUCCAACCUAGAGGCAUACCUGAAAUGAGAUUGUUCGACAUAGCAGGAUACGGGAUUCCACCGACCGGUGCGAACCAACCUGGACCUGGUCACAGCACUGUCAAUGCAUUUGGAACUAUUCACAGUGCCAUGAGUGCACCUGGGACAGUUGACAGAGGCGCGAACCUACCUGUUUCCGUACAUAGUCCUGUAAACGUACUUGGACCGAUUCCAGGUCCUCUGGAUACUCCCGGUUUCCCGAUAACGCACCCCGUUUGGGCUAAUGAAGGACUGUUCCCUAUGGACCGGAACGUUGGAAGACCACCUGCCGCAAUUCCUUCUUUGUUGUCGUUACAGUUCCAGCCGAGGUUUGAUGUGGGGAGCUUCGAUCAAUUGCCUACCAGUGAAGAACUAAAUUGGCUCGAAAAUCGUAAUCCUGAGGGUCACCUCGAAGAAAUACCACGUGAAGGAGAGGAAGAUCUGAGGCAUAUACUAGAUCGAAAAUCGGGGCAGCAGUUGAAGAAAUUCUUCCUGACAGCGCCGCUAGUUGAACUUCAACUUUUCGUCGGCAAGGAACUAGCAAAAUUAAAGAGAGUCAGAACCACCAACACGGAAGGGCUGAGAAACGCGAUCUAUUCAGCUGUGACAAAUCAUCGAGCUAUCAAACUGAAUGGCAAUCCUACUGAAAAACAGAGGAGAAAAGAAAUACAAGGCAAAGACUUAUACCGGCGUGCCAAUAUGUUAUUAUUCGGUGUACAUCGUCUGCACUUUGGCCAUAAACACAUGAGCGCACUAUUCAGAUUGAUGUCCGAGGACAAGAACAACGUGCCACGGACCCAACGCAUGGCCUACUAUCUCGCACACCGCUACAUUUUUUGCGACGAGCUGAAAGAAGGUAUCAAGUACGGUAAAUUGCUAUGGCAAGUAGCAAAGAACACGAGGAAACAGAAGUCAAAGCGACAACAAAAACAUGGUACAAAACAACAGCAGACACAAAGUAAAAAACAAAAUUCAAAACAACAGCAGAAACAAAAGCCAAAGCAACAGCAGAAACAAAAGCCAAAGCAACAGCAGAAACAAAAUCCAAAACAGCAGCAAAAACAGCGCUAAGUAUGUAAGCGAAAUAUAAGGGAGGCAGAAAGUUGAACUUGGUCGCUUAAAGUGUGAAUUAAUAGCAAUAUUCUGGUUGUUUUCGUUUUUAAAAUGGUAUGUCCAGGUGAAAACUGUCAAACUUCCGCUUCAAUUAAUGGACAGUAAUUUCAUUCAAAAAGCCAAAACCCGCACUCAUUGUGGCCAAAUGGCUUAAUUUCGUCCCUUUAAGGCCCCACGUCCCUUUUUUCGCUUUUUUUUUCAAUUACCAGUUUGCUACAAUAUUCUAAAUCCUUUCCAUCUGAUUACUUCAUGAUGUGUAUAAAAAUGACUAAAAAACAUCGUUUUUAAUUUUGUUUUGUCAUAAAAUGCAUUUUUUCUUCGAUCGUAACUUGUUAACAAAUAUCAGUACAGCUCUGAAAUUGUAUGUGAAUAUUCCACUUUUAUGGAUGAAUGAAACAAGUGAUUACUUUCAUUCUUAUCACUUUUCCUUUUUGAAAAAUCUUUGCUUUUCUUGAAGACUCAAAUUGCUGCGAGUCGAAGCUUCAAGAAAAUCGAAGAUUCUUCUAAAAAGAAAAGUGAUAAGAACUAGAGUAAACACUUGAUCCACUCUUCCAUAAAAGAGGAAUAUUCACACACAAUUUCAGAGCUGUACUUAAAUUUGUUAAGAAGUUCCGAAUGACGAAAAAAUGCAUUUUUUGACAAAAAAAAAUGAACAUUGUUUUUUAGUCAUCUCUAUACACACCAUGAAAUGAUCAGUUGGAAAGGAUUAAGAAUACUGCUGCAAACAGGUAGUUGGAAAAAAACUAAAAAAGGGACGUGCCACCUUAAGGCAAAGGGUAUUGAGGUUAGGAAAAACUGAAUUUCAAACCGGCAACUUUCUUUCGAUUUUACUCAUUGCCUGUUCUCUUGCAUAUACCUCCUCUUUGGUUUCACUGUUCCAGUAGAUUGUUUUGACAUGGAACACUCCAUGAAUUCACAUUUUGAAGAAACUUUUGGUUGUUUGUGAGGAAAUGUCUUUUCAAAGUAAUUUAAUGUUAAGAAAAAUUUAUAUGUUACAGCAAUAUUUAAGGAUCUUUGCGAGUAUAUUUUUGUACUAAAAAAUGUAGAUAUAUCAAACUGGUAUCUAUGCUGAGAGCAACCAGUGUUCUACUUUGUAGCAUAAUUUGUUAUAGUUCUGUAUAUUAUGUUGUAAAUUGUUGGCAAAAAUUAUAAUAAAACAAAUUUCUGACGA